AUGUCGUCCCGCUUCCGACUCGGGGGCGGUCGCAGCGCAGCGCGGCCCUUGAUCCUCUCCGUCAUGCGUGUGGCGCUCUCGACAGGCGUCACCAUUCCUCCUAACCACCUUUCACAGAACCUCACGAGGUGGUAUCCGCGCCGGGUAGCGUGCAUAGUGCCAUACCGGGGCCCCUCUCUGGAGGUCGUACACCAUCUGCGCAACACCCUGACAUCGAGCGCUCUGCCGGGAUUGACUUGCGGUUGCUGUAGACCGACAUAUCACGGCCGCGUACAUCUGAGUCAGCGCAGCAAGCGCAUGCACCCGCUCAGCGUCAUCGUCCAGCCAAAGAACGCCCGUCACCAGCUUACCACCGAAGACGCUAGCAGCAACGGCCAUUCGUCGUCGAACUCCCGACUCGCGCUGGAGCCACUCCGAGAGUACUCCAUUCAAGACUGGCUCUCAACAACCCGUACACACACGGAGCUGCCUACGCUUCGCCGCUAUCGCCUGUGA